CAACGCCCAAGAGAGAGGAGAUCGGAACCAAAUGGAUCCAAAGAACAAAACCACAUCUCUAUGCUCUGUUUCUUCUCUGUUUCUCUCACUCUCUCUCCUCUGCAUUCUUGUACUCUCUCGCUUCUUAUUCUCCAAUACAAUCCACCAAUCCAAACCCUCACCAGCAUCAUCCCCAUCUUUGCUUUCCCCAAUCACUCCACAAUUUCCUAGCAAUUCCAUCAAAGUCUAUGUCGCAGACCUACCUAGAUCACUCAACUACGGCCUCUUAGACAAAUACUGGUCUUUUGAGAACGAUUCGAGGCUCGGAAGCGACGCAGACAACCAAAUCCGAUCGACCCUUUUGUCGAAAAAGCUCGAAUUCCCUCCGUUUCCGGAGAAUCCACUGAUCAAGCAGUACAGUGCCGAGUACUGGAUCAUGGGUGAUCUGAUGACCCCCGAAGAAUUGAGAGCUGGGUCGUUCGCGAGGCGGGUUUUCGAUGUCGGCUUGGCCGACGUUGUUUUCGUACCGUUCUUCGCGACUCUGAGUGCCGAAAUGCAGUUGGGUAUGGCCAAGGGGGUGUUCAGGAAGAAGGCGGGGAAUGAGGACUAUCAGAGGCAGAGGGAGGUGGUGGAAUUUGUAAAGGCUUCCGAGGCUUGGAAGCGGUCCGGUGGCCGAGAUCAUGUGUUUGUUCUUACAGACCCUGUUGCAAUGUGGCAUGCUAGAUCUGAGAUCGCCCCAGCUGUUCUUCUAGUGGUGGAUUUUGGUGGGUGGUACAGGCUUGACUCAAAAUUAUCCAAUGGUAGCUCAUCAGAUAUGAUACAACAUACCGAAGUUUCGCUGCUCAAAGAUGUAAUCGUGCCAUACACCCAUCUAUUGCCAAGGUUGCACAUAUCAGAAAACCAGAAACGCCACACCCUUCUUUACUUCAAAGGAGCUAAACAUAGGCACCGGGGAGGGCUUGUUCGAGAAAAGUUAUGGGACAUGUUAGUUGGUGAACCUGGUGUUACAAUGGAAGAAGGUUUCCCUAAUGCCACUGGGAAGGAGCAAUCAAUAAAAGGGAUGAGAUCAUCAGAGUUCUGCUUGCACCCUGCCGGGGAUACCCCCACAUCAUGCAGACUUUUUGAUGCCAUCCAAAGUCUCUGUAUACCUGUCAUUGUCAGCGACGACAUUGAGCUCCCAUUUGAAGGGAUGGUGGAUUAUUCCGAAUUUUCUGUUUUUGUUGCUGUUAGUGACGCAUUGCAACCAAAUUGGCUGGUUGGUCAUCUUAAAAGCUAUUCUGACAAGCAAAAGGAUAGAUUUCGGCAAAAUAUGGCUCAGGUCCAGCAUGUUUUCCAGUUUGACAACGGCCAUCCUGGUGGCAUUGGCCCUAUUCCUCCAAAUGGUGCCGUGAAUUACAUUUGGAAAAAGGUUUACGGAAAAUUGCCCAUGAUUAAAGAAGCUAUCAUCCGGGUGAAGAGAAAACCACCAGGUGCAUCUGUUCCACUUCGUUGCCAUUGUACCUGAAUUUGGAAGUUUGUAACAAUAUUUUUUCAGUUUCUUGGUGUACUUUUCCUUUCUUUUUUCUUUUUUUUUCAGUAGAGAUCAUUUCUUGUAGUUCAAUUACUUCGCUCACGGUAGAUAAUUCAUGUGUAUUAGUUUUGGAUUGCACCCAAAAUGAUUUGCUGUCAAAGAUGCUAAUAUUGUUUUGUGUUUAAUCCACAAUACACAUAAGGUUUCUUCUUA